CCUUGAUUGUGUAAAUCUGAGACCCUACUUCAGUAUUCCUGAUGGAGAGAUUCAAGUCUCAAGGUCAGGGGAAUGUUAACCCAGCAUUUGAUACAACACCGGAUGACCCACGUUUUUAUGUGGAGACCUCUUUCUCGAAUAACUACUCAGAUGAGGGACACCGAGCGAUUCGACCGUCAGUGGCCAGCGCCUUUGGUCAUGAUACGUUGGACCGAGUGCCCCAUAUUGACUUCUACCGUAAUGCAGGCAGUGUGAGUGGCCAUCGAGCUGUGCGACCAUCUCUACAGGAGCUCCAUGAUGUGUUUCAAAAGCAGAAUGGCACAAUUUCUGUGCCUGACACUGUGGACGAUGAUGGUGAGGGGAGCUCCGGAACUCCUUCUAUGGAUGCAGAGUCUGUCAUGCAACCUGAAAACAUGACCGGAGGCGUAAAGUUUGGCUGGAUAAGGGGUGUUCUGGUAAGAUGUAUGUUGAACAUCUGGGGUGUCAUGUUGUUCAUCCGUCUGUCCUGGGUGUUCGGACAGGCUGGCUGGGGUCUGGGAACAGUGGUUAUUGGUCUGAGCUGUGUGGUAACCACCAUCACAGGUCUGUCUAUGUCUGCUAUUUGCACAAAUGGUGUGGUAAGAGGAGGUGGAGCAUACUACAUGAUAUCUCGAAGUUUGGGCCCAGAGUUUGGUGGCUCCAUUGGUUUGAUAUUCGCCUUUGCCAAUGCGGUUGCUGUAGCCAUGUAUGUGGUGGGAUUCUCUGAGACUGUGGUUAGUUUGAUGAAGGACCACAAUGUGCUCAUGGUGGAUGAACUGAAUGACAUCAGAAUCAUUGGGUGCAUUACAGUAGUGUUGCUAUUGGGCAUAUCUGUUGCUGGAAUGGAAUGGGAGGCUAAGGCUCAGAUUAUUCUGCUCAUUAUCUUGCUUGUGGCCAUAGUAAAUGUGUUUGUGGGAACAUUCAUUCCUGCAACCCCCGAAAAGAAAUCCCAAGGGUUCUUCAAUUACGACUCAACAGUCUUCUUAGAGAACUUUCCUCCAGCCUUUAGAGAUGGAGAGACCUUUUUUUCAGUAUUUGGCAUAUUUUUCCCAGCUGCAACGGGUAUCCUGGCUGGAGCCAACAUCUCUGGUGACUUAAAGGAUCCCCAAAAAGCCAUACCUAAAGGCACCCUGCUGGCCAUCUUGAUCACUGGUAUUACCUACCUGGGUGUGGCCCUUUGUGUCUCUGCCACUGUUGUCCGUGACGCCACAGGAAACUUAACAAGUGCCUUCAACUUAUCUGGAGUACCAUGUGAUGGUCCAGCUGUGGCUGCCUGUAACCUUGGGUAUAAUUUCUCUUCCUGCAGCGUAGAGACCUGUGACUUUGGUUUGAUGAACAAUGUUCAGGUGAUGACCAUGGUGUCUGGCUUUGGUCCUCUCAUCAUUGCUGGAACGUUCUCAGCCACUCUUUCUUCAGCCCUGGCUUCUCUUGUCAGUGCUCCUAAAGUCUUCCAGGCACUGUGCAAAGACAACAUCUAUAAGAUCCUGCACUUCUUUGCCAAAGGAUACGGCAAAAACAACGAGCCCAUCCCUGGCUACAUCCUCACAUUUUUCAUUUCUGUGGCCUUCAUUCUUGUCGGUUAUCUGAACACCAUUGCUCCUGUCAUCUCAAACUUCUUCCUGGCUUCAUAUGCGCUCAUCAAUUUCUCUUGCUUUCACGCAUCUUAUGCCAAGUCUCCAGGGUGGAGACCAGCGUACAAAUACUACAACAUGUGGCUGUCCCUGAUGGGUGCAAUCCUGUGCUGUGCUGUUAUGUUUGUUAUCAACUGGUGGGCUGCUCUUCUCACAUAUGUCAUUGAAUUCCUCCUCUACAUAUAUGUGACUGUGAAGAAACCAGAUGUGAACUGGGGCUCAUCCACACAGGCGGUGACAUUUGUGAGCGCAGUCAGUAACGCUUUGUCUCUCUGUGGGGUCGAUGAUCAUGUCAAAAACUUCAGACCUCAGAUAUUAGCAUUAACAGGUUCAGCACGGACCAGACCAGCAAUGCUCGACUUGGCUCACUCCUUCACAAGGAACUAUGGACUCUGUAUAUCCUGUGAAGUGAUUGUGGGCCUGAAGUCAGAAGCCAUUCAAGACAUUAAUGCUGCUAUGGAGAAGAACCUGCUUUGGCUUCGGAAAACAAAACGAAAAACAUUUUAUACUACUGUGAGCAGUGACAACUUGAGAGAGGGAGCAAAUUGUCUGAUGCAGGCUGCUGGUCUCGGCCGUAUGAAGCCAAACACUCUCAUGAUUGGUUUCAAGAAAGACUGGAGGACUGCUACUAAAGAAGAGGUGCUGCUUUAUGCGGGAGUGCUGCAUGAUGCAUUUGAUUUUGAGUAUGGCACAGUGAUGCUGAGGAUGGAGCCGGGGCUUGAUGUGGGACACCUUGUAGAGGAAGAAGAGGGCAUGCUAAAGGCAGCAAAGGAGCAAGAGGAGCUGGAGAAAGAGAUGAUGCCAAACGGGGGUAAAUCAAAAGGACUGUUUCGGAAAUCCAGGAACACAUCUCAGCAAGUACUCACCACCAGAGUGUCUGUGUGUGGGCCUCCGCCCCCGCAGGUGGCUAAACUGAAUGAGAGGCUGAUGGAGGCCAGCACUCAGUUCAAGAAGAAGCAGCCUAAAGGCACCAUAGACGUGUGGUGGCUGUUUGACGACGGAGGUCUUACCUUGCUGCUGCCCUACAUCCUGACCACCAGGAAGAAAUGGAAGGAAUGUCGACUGAGGGUCUUUAUGGCCGGCCAACCAGGACGCAGUGAGCUGGACAAACAGGAGAUGAAGUCUCUGUUGAAUAACUUCCGAAUUGCCUGCAGUGAUAUCAACGUUAUUGAUGACAUCCAUGUGAGACCCAGCUCUGACAGCUUGAAGAAGUUAGAUGACAUGAUUGAGCCUUUCCGUCUGAAAGAGGGAUCUAAAGACAGCAUCCAGGCUGAGGCCAUGCGGAAAGCGCAUCCCUGGAAAAUCACAGACGAACAGCUGAGCACCUUUGAAGAAAAGACAAACCUGCAGGUGCGACUGAAUGAACUGCUUCAGGAACAUUCCAAAUCAGCCAACUUGGUUGUCGUGAGCAUGCCCAUUGCUCGUAAGGAAUCUGUUUCUGACUUCCUGUACAUGGCCUGGCUGGACAUUCUGACACAGAACCUUCCACCCACCCUGCUCAUUAGAGGAAACCACAAGAGUGUGCUAACGUUCUACUCUUGAGCACCCAAUGGGAUUUAGAAUUCAUUAUUAGCACUAAUAUGGAUG